AGAAUGUAUAGUGAAAGGCUAGCGCUUCCUUGCUGGUGUCCAGGGCCUUUGUGAAUAAACCAUGGGAUGUAUUGGCUCCCGAACCCUCACCUCAGAUGGAGUUCCUGUCCAGAAGGAUGGGGAACAGUUGUCCAUGGAGGACACCACCUCAAUCCUUCCUCGGCUGAAGAAACGGAACUCCAAUGCCUAUGGAAUCGGCGCUCUGGCUAAGUCCUCUCUGACAGGUGUGUCAGGAGUGAGUCGCUCUAUGAAGGACAAGGUGACAAAGCCAACAGCAAUGGCUCAGGGGCGAGUGGCACACAUGAUUGAGUGGCAGAGCUGGGGCAUGCAGACAGUUGGUGUGGGAGGCAGAGGAGCGGGACGCACCUCCAGUCUGCACCUUCAACACGAGCGCAAGCUGGAAAACGAUGCAUACAGUGACCUUAGUGAUGGAGAGAAGGAAGCUCGCUUUGCUGCAGGUGUGCUUCAACAGUUCGCAAUUUCUGAGGCGACACUGCUGGCCUGGAGUUCAAUGGAUGGGGAAAGCACAAGCGUUGGAUCUAAUCAGGGGAGCGUAGCCCAUCUAAGUGAGGCCAACCAGGAAAGCAUAACAAGCCGAGACCAGAUGCACCAUUCCUCUGCAGAAGUGUGGCCCCACAAUUAUGUCUCCCAGGGUCUUUACUGCCUUUCUUCCUCUGAUGCGUGGGAGCCAAUUAGUAAUGAACAGUCAGGUGUGGCAUCUCCUGCCACUGGUUCAUAUGUCAUGGCAGUCGGGACUGAAGGUGGCUAUGACCCAAAUACAGCAGCUCACUUCCUGUCCCAACAACAACAGCAGCAUCAGUAUCAGAACCAGUUACAGCAGAUCCAGCACCUACAGCAUAUCCACCAAUACCAGCAGCAACAGCUCCUACAGUAUCAACAACAGCAACAGAUCUUGGAGCAAAGACUACAGAGUGCCACUCAUUCUUUACAAGCUACUCCGAACAGCACCAUCCACAGCCUUCCUCCCCUCACUCACCCUCCACUGGUGGAUCUGUGGGGCACACCACAGACUGAGGUCUACCAGCCAGACACGGUGGGCUAUAUGGGGAUGCCUGUAGAUGGAAAUCUAACAGCCCCCACAGAGGAGGUGAUAACGGAACAUUCAUCUUUACUGGAUGAUGAACAGGAUGGGGAGAUUAAAGUGGAAGAAGUUACGUUAUGUAUGGAACCAGAAGCAGUGACACUAACUCCAUCUCCAGUGGCUCAGAAAGAAGAAGUGACCUCAGCAGGAGGAAGCAGUCCAGGUCAAGCCUCUGGUGAAUUUAUCACAGAGAGAAAGACGUCUGAUGUCUCACCAUCAGUAAUUGAAGAGCUUGAAGAAAAGGAAGAGGAAUCAGAAUCUUCGCCCACAGAAGCAAAGGCAACCAAUUGAGUGAACGGCGAGAGACUUGAGCUGCUUUUAACAGACAUUUCAAUCAGCAUAUUAAAACAAUAUAAACUUCGUUUUUUUCAGGAAUCAAACACCAUUGUUAUUGAAUUCAAGUAACUCAAAAUGGAAAAUCUGAGCUGAAAGUGAAUGCACUGCUUGUGUGAACAUGAUUUUUUAGGCCUUAUUAUAUGGAUGUCUGAAAAAUGAAGACACAGAAUGGAGGCUUUUGACUAGGAAAGGAGAGAAAUGAGGAAAAUCUCACUCAAGUUUGAACGGAGCGAUAAGAGAUGUUGGUAUGUAAUUCGGGAAGAUGAAUAUACAGUAAAGAACAUUUGGUUAAAUAUGUGCAUGCUUUUACAUAGAGUGGUGGCACUCGUUAGUCAAAAUAAAGAUGUUAACUUAUCAUUAAUAAACCAUAUUGAUGAUAAUAAUACAAUAAUUUUGUUAUAAACAAAAAAAGGUAAAUAUAUAAUUGUAAAAUAGAAAGUCACACUUUUUGAGCCCAUGCCCUUCCAGAAUUUAGUUUCCACACAGACUAUACCAGAUGCAAAAAGCAAAAACUGCUUAUAAGUUAUUUGACAACAAAAAUAAUAUGUUUUAUUUUUUGUUUUUACCCUGCACACUUCAAACAUCUUUAUAUGUAUAAUAAUGCAUUUAGCUUUUUUACUUUGCAGUUUUUAUGCUAUUAAAAGAAAGAGGCUCAAAGCUUCUGUGCUGAAAAACGUGAUAUCAAUUUGGAACUAAUCGCUACAAAAUCUAUAGUUUUUAUUUUUAUUUUAUUAUUUUUUUUAUUUUAUUAAAAAAAAGAUAUCCAAUGUCAAAUCCUUGUAGGCUUAGACAAGCAAAUACACUGCUCAAAAAAUUUAAUACUUUGAUACUUUAAAAACACAUCUAAUCUCAAUGGGGAAAAAUAUUAGGUUGAAUAUUUAUACUGAAUUUUGACAGACGGAAAUGAAAAUAUGGUCUGUUUAAUACAGAGGCAUUCACCACACUAGUCGACUGCUGGUCAUUUUGUAGGACUGGUUGUAGUCAUCUGGUCCUCCUUGCACAAAGGAGCAGAUGCCAAUGAUAUUGAGACUGUUCUGGGAGACACAGUAAACCUUUUUUCAACAGAAUCUAUUGAUGUCCCAACAUGAGUUGGACUCCCUGUGCAACUUUGGUAGGGUCCUGGUACUGAUAAUAGGUUUUUUGCCAAAUGCAAAACUAGUGAAAAACAGCAGUGUGAGUCGUUGUAAAACCAUUCCUGUAAAACCCAUCCCAACUUGUCUCGUUGUUUUUCAUACUUCACUCUGCUUCCACCCUAUUUCCAUUUACUUCUGCUAUGUAACGGACCAGGAGUGCGUUUCCGAAAAUUCGUUUGGCAACUAAGGUCGCAGGUUCCAUCGUUACAAACAUAGUUUGCCCAUUUCCCAAAUUCAUUAUUCUAACAAAAAUUUGUAAACUGUGUCGCAAACAUAUACGCUUGCAACUACACCACUAGAGCUGUAGUUAGAAACAGUUUCUGGCUGUGCUCUAUUCCCAGUUAUCCCCGUAUACCCUAUUCCUUUAGAACAUUCCAACAUUGAAACUUGGAAUGGUGAAAAAUAAGCAUUAAAGUCAUCUUUCUUAGGUGUAAUUUGCUAUCAAAGUUUUUUUUACAGUUCUGUUUUAGUGAUCUGUGUAAUGAUAAUUGCAUUCCCUUCGCAGUGCACUUUAAAAACAUGUAUGCCACUUUGCACACAGCUGAGGCUGAUUUCUGCAGAUUUCAGUCUAUUUAUUUAGUUGUGUGUAAACGUGUGUCAUUUUUAUUUAUUCAAAUUUGAAAUUAAUUUUAGUAAUAUUACUGACUAAUAUGAAAAUAUUCAAAUGAUUUAAUUACAA